UAAAAAAAGAAGAAGAAGAAGACCAAUACCCAGAAUUCAACAGUAUUCAGAAAAAUACCAUGAAAGAUAAAAUGUCUGGAUUUAACUUUGGAUCAGGAACUCUUGGUUCCACCAACACGGGUGGAGGAUUCGCAUUUGGAGCCGUAACCAGUGCACCAGGGGCUAGUACUGGUGGCUUCUCUUUUGGGUCUGCUCUGGCUACACCGGCUGCCACCUCAGUCUCCACCGCCAACAGCACCCCAUCUCUUGGCCUAGGAGGCAGUCUGUUUAGUCAGAAACCUACUGGAGGAUUCUCUUUCAACACACCUGCCUCAAGUGCUUCGGCUACUACAGCUUCUUCCACAGGCUUUAGUUUGGCUUUCAACAAGCCCACUGCCUCAGCAACACCCUUCUCCCUCACCACCACCACCACCACUACUACCACACCCAUGUCAGCCCCUUCUGGGGCAGGGCUAUCAUUUGGUUCGAUCCUGACAUCCACAGCUCCACAGCAGCCUGCAGCCACAGGUUUUACCCUUGGGCUUGGUGCCACAACGACCACCACAGCAGCCUCAACAGGCCCUUCAAUAGGUUUGGGCCAGACCGCUCUUGGAGGAGGUGGGUUAACGCUGGGUUCUGUGUUAGCUUCUUCCACAGCGGUGUCAGCAGCCCCUGCCCCCAGUAUUGGCCUUGGUGGAGUUGACUUUAGCACUUCUGCUGAGAAUAAGAGUGACACAUCAUCUGGAGCCAAUGCGCAGGACAGUAAAGCUUUAAAAGAUGAGAACCUACCCCCAGUCAUUUGUCAGGAUGUCGAGAAUUUCCAAAAAUUUGUGAAAGAGCAGAAACUGGUCCAAGAGAAUAUAAGCAGGAUGUCAUCUAAGGCUAUUUCUAAGGUCCAGGAUGACAUCAAGAGCCUCAAACAGCUUCUGUCUGUCAGUGCCAGUGGUCUGCAGCGCCAGGCUCUGGCUAUUGACAAGCUAAAGCUGGAGACAGCGCAGGAGCUGAAAAAUGCUGACAUAGCACUACGUACACAAAAGACACCGCCUGGACUUCAACAUGAGAACACUGCUCCAUCAGAUUAUUUCCACAGCUUGGUGGAGCAGUUUGAGGUGCAGUUGCAGCAGUACCGGCAACAGAUAGAAGAGCUGGAGAACCACUUAACAACGCAGAGCAGUAGCUCUCACAUCACUCCUCAUGAUCUGACCAUGGCCAUGCAGAAGUUGUACCAGACAUUUGUUGCACAGGCUGCCCAGCUCCAGUCAGUCCAUGAAAACGUCAAGAUCUUGAAGCACCAGUACCUUUCCUAUCGUCGAGCCUUCCUGGAAGAUGCCACAGAUGUUUUUGAGUCCAAACGGGCAUCUAACAGGAAGUGGAGUUCAACCCGUGCCACAACUGGGCCUGCCCCGUUUUCCAGUGUGCCCAACGCUGCCGCGGUUGCCAUGGCAGCCACGCUGACCCAGCAGCAACAGCCAACUCCAGGGACCCAGGCACCCUUGGGGGCAGGGUUUGGAAAUCCCUUUGCCUCGGCUGUUGGCACUAGCUUGGGCUCUACUACCCUUGGAGGUUUUGGUGGUGGGCCAGGAUUUGGAGGGGUUGGGGCUGGAGGGUCAUCUUUUGCCUUCUCCUCCACCAGUAAGCCCACAGGAGGCAGUCUGAGUGCAGGUUUUGGUAGCAGCAGCACUCCAGGCUUCAACUUCAGUAACCCUGGCAUCAACCCCUCAGCUGGCCUGACCUUUGGUGUGUCUAAUCCAGCUGCCACUGGCUUCGGCGCUGGAGUGCCCCUUCUCCAGCUCAAGAAGCCCCCUGCUGGCAAUAAAAGGGGCAAGAGAUAAAAGCAGGGAAUGAUUGAACCUGACAGCGGGCUACGGCUAAGCCUGGUCUGCCAAAAGCAAACAAACGUUAUGUGAUGCGAUUGGAACCCACCAUCAAUCAGCAACACAGAAUCACUCAUUUUCAAUCAUUUGGGGGUAUAUGAACAAUAAAUACUGAGUAAAAAAAAAAAAAAAGCCCAUUCAUUGGCCAGCAUUAUCUUUCAUACACUGUGGUAUGUUGUCCACUGUUCUAUAUAGAUUUGAUUCCCUUUGAUCGGAUUCCAAAAGACCAGUGUUACCAGUUAGAAAUUAUACAAAAAGUAACCUUAAAUCAAUAUUGUAGACAGUGGCACAUAAGGAAAUGCUAAAGAUAGUGUUUGUUUCAUUUUAAACAUGGCUUUGCCCAUUUGCAUGGCCUCAAAUGCCUAUACACUCUACACUGGUCAGUGUAAUCUGCACUGCUACAAUACUUUUGAGGAUGCCAACCAUAGGUGUAGCUGGAUCAAUUACAGAUUGUUUCAACUGUCUGAGUGGUUUUUUUUGUUGUCUUAAACUUGUACACAAUAUUUUUUUGCGCUCUGAGGUGGACAGUGCAGUUGGUUCCGUUGUGUUACACAAAGUAUGCCAGUCACUUGAAUGCACCUGAUCGCCUCUCAAAUAAUGACUGGACUGUCGUCCAGUGAAGGGUAUGAUAAGUUAAAGGAAAAUAAGUUUAUGGAGUAAUAAUUGGUUGAGAGCAGCAUAGUCCCUGACUGAAACUGUCAGUGGGGAAUGUUAUCUGGCCUUAGACAGUUUCAUAGGCACAAGAGUGUCCAGCCUGGGUUUCUGGGGAAGCACAGUUUUAUUUUUGUAUCAAGUGGAGAAAGAGAUGAUCUCGGCAUAGUCCAUUAUGUGUUUCACAUAACCUGUGUUGUUUUUGCUAGAGUCCAUCCUUAUUGUUUAAUAAUGAAGUUUUUGACACAUUUUGUUUGCCCUGUGUUUCAGUGUAAAAGCUUGGGAGAGCAAGCACUGUGCUGUUUGUAAGACAGGACUCUCUUUAGAUUUUAAGUUGGUUGAAUCUGAAAGGGAUUUCAAAUCGGAUUCUACCUGCUCAGCUCAAUUUAUAUAUGUGCUAGAACAAGAAAAUCAUCAUCAUUUGCACGGUGAUAGUAUGAAUGUGCAUGUGUGCUUACAGCACAAGUAUGAAUAUGUCUCUAAUGGUUUUUGUCUCUACUGGUUUAUCAUCGUUGCUGACUUCUUU